CACGCAACAAUCAAACCGAAGCUUAUCUGAUUUGUCAAACCCCUCAACACAAAAGAAUAAACACAUUUUUGGUGCAGCGAUGGCUUCGUCUUCUAAAGCACUGAUCGAAUCCUUAGGCUCUCUUGACAAAGACUCAUACGUUUCUCUCCUAUCGAAACUCAUCGGCGAAUCAAAGUUGGUCCAGAACAAUCCGCCGGAGCUCAUCCCUCAAGAGGAUCUAAUCGUGAACCACGUCCUCGACUCUCUCCGUCCUUACAGCACAGAAAGUGGUGGUGGUCCUCUGGUGAUCAAUCAUGUGGCGUAUCACUCUGGGAGAGGUAAUCUCAUCGUGGAGUACCCAGGAUCUGUUCCCGGAAAGAUCUUAUCUUUCGUCGGUAUGCAUAUGGACGUCGUCACUGCCAAUCCCGAUGACUGGGAAUUUGAUCCUUUCUCUCUAAGCAUAGAUGGUGAUAAGCUUCGUGGUAGAGGGACUACAGAUUGUCUUGGUCAUGUUGCUCUUGUCUCUGAACUCAUGAAGAGACUCGGGCAAACCAAACCGGCGUUGAAAUCAACUGUAGUGGCGGUUUUCAUCGCCAGCGAGGAGAACUCUUCCAUUCCAGGUGUUGGUGUGGACAUGCUGGUUAAAGACAAACUUCUUGAUAAGCUCAAAUCCGGACCCUUGUUUUGGAUUGAUACGGCGGAUAAGCAGCCGUGUGUUGGAACUGGCGGUAUGAUUCCGUGGAAGCUUCAUGUUACAGGAAAGCUUUUCCAUAGCGGUUUAGCUCACAAGGCGAUUAACGCUUUGGAGUUAGCAAUGGAAGGGCUUAAGGAAAUCCAAACCCGGUUCUACAGAGACUUUCCGCCUCAUCCACAAGAGGAUGUUUAUGGUUUUGCAACACCAUCCACCAUGAAGCCAACGCAGUGGUCUUAUCCAGCAGGUGGAAUCAAUCAAAUCCCUGGGGAAUGUACUGUUUCCGGUGAUGUCAGAUUAACUCCUUUCUAUGACGUUAAGGAAGUGAUGACGAAGCUGCAAGAGUAUGUUGACGACAUAAACAGUAACAUAGAGAAGCUCGAAACCCGUGGUCCUGUUUCAAAAUAUGUCUUACCAGAUGAGAAUUUACGAGGAAGGCUCAUGUUAAGCUUUGAUGAAGCGUCAGCUGGAGUUGCGUGUAAUCUUGAUUCCCCUGGCUUUCACGUUCUAUGCAAAGCAACUGAAGAAGUUGUUGGACACGUGAAACCUUACUCGAUCACCGGUACUUUGCCUCUAAUCCGAGACCUCAAGGAUGAAGGUUUCGAUGUGCAAACUUCAGGAUACGGUCUCAUGGCUACAUAUCAUGCAAAGAACGAAUACUGCCUUCUUACAGACAUGUGCCAAGGCUUUGAUGUCUUCGUUAGGAUCAUUUCUCAACUUGAUCAAGACUAACAUCAGAUAGAAGAUCUUAAAAUAAAAGCUUCACAUAGCUAGCUACUCUCUUAUUAUGUAUUAACUAUUGGUUCUAUACACUUUGCUUCUAUCUAUUUGUACAAGUCAACGGUGGCUCAAUACAUAAGACACUUUACAAAA